AUGUUCUAUUGCUACAGGAGCUGGAACUUGGUGACAGAAAAGAAGACAUGGCUGGAGGCUCUUGAGUACUGCAAAACAAACCACACCAAUUUGGCCAGCCCAGCCACUGAAGAACAGCUACGUCUGGCUGAAAAGGUGGCUUCACAAGCUGAAACAGUCAGUGUUUGGACAGGCCUGCAGUUCUUGGAUGGACAAUGGUUCUGGAUAAGCGGGGAGACACUGGGAACCUCAGACACUCUGCCAUCAUGUCCAGCCUAUGAUCGCCGCUGUGGAGCUCGCAACCUCAAAACAAAAACCUGGGAGAAUCGUGACUGUAAUGAGAAGCUCAAUUUUAUCUGCUACUAA